UUCAGUGAGGUUAUCUAUUUUGCAUCUGUUGGAAAUUUCCUGGUUUUCUGUGGCUCGUAUUUUGUACACAUGCUGGGAGUUUUGAAAUGAUGUCCAUAGCUUGAGCAGCCAUUUUGACUAGACGUAAAAUCAGUGACCAAAAAGGAGAAAAUAUAAAAGAAUGUGCCACCAGGGUAUAAAAUUUAGGAAAAGUCUCCUUUACGAAAGAAGAUGAACGCUUGUGAGAAGAGCACGUGCUAGUCACGCAUCGAUUGUUCUUAAAAUUAUUCUAGAGGUUGGGGUGGAAAGUGUCGGCAAAGAAUAGGCAUCGCUGAAUGCGUUGCACCCUUUUGCAUACCAUGUGACAGGGAUGCAAUGAUUGGUGUCGUUUCUAACACCUCUGCUAUAUGCCAGCCACAGUCUACGUUCUAGACCCGUAUUAUCUCAGUUGAUCCCCAGAAGACAAGGUGGGGGGUCUCCUGAUUGUCCCUGUUUUACACACGGGAAGUGGAGGGACAGAGAGGUCAAGUGAGGUGUAUAAUGACGGCUCUCCUUUCUUCCCUCAUCACCCUUUGUUUCAGUCCGGCCACACACCCUCCUCGCUACCUUCUGGAUCGCUGAGAACCUCCAGCUGCAGCUUCUUGCCCAGACCCGAGGCCCGAGCGGAGCGUCCAGCUCAGACGAGACCUCCAUGGAUCCACUCCAGAAAUGGAAUCCGGUGAUGAUCUCGGGAUCUUCCCGGAUGCCGGCGGCAGAGACUUCGCAGGCGGGCCCAGCAGCCCCUCGGCCUUCCUGCUCGGAGCAGCUGACGGGGGCCCUGGGAAACCCACGCCCCGGCCCUGGCACCAGCCACCCUGCGCCCCUGCCAGAGGGGCUGCUCCAGCAGCGGUACCGGGAGGAGAAGACCCUGCCAGAGAGGCGGUGGGAGAAGCUGGCGCUCCCGCAGAAGAAGAAAGCAAUCCUGGGCCACCUGAGGCGCAGACACCGGGAUCACAUGGCACCUUACCCGGCUGAGCGGGAACCCAGGCUCGUUCCGUCAGGGAGCAGGGAUCAGAAUCGAUUCCGAUGCGAGUGUCGAUACUGCCAGAGCCACAGGCCCACUCUUGCCGGGAUCCCUGGGGAGAGGAGCGGGGCCCCUCCCGCGUCCUCCUGGGAGGCGCUGGUGCAGGGCCUCAGCGGCCUGACCCUCAGCCUGGGCGGCAGCCAGCCCGGCCUCCUGCCCGGAGGGGCGCUCCAGCAGCAGGAGAGGGAGGAGAAGCGCCAGCUGGAGAGGCAGCAGGAGAGCAAGAGAGUGUUCCAGAGGCUGCUCAAACAGUGGUUAGAGGAAAACUGAGGCACUGCCGGUCACGCGACGCAGGUCGGAAGGGAUUCAGACGUAGACGCGGUGUUGCCGGCUCCGGGGCGGGGGCCAGACAGUGAGCUCUGGUCGGGGGACUGCCGAGGCCUGUGCCAUCACCGCAGUCCUCCCAGUAUGACCUUGGAAGGAAGGUCCUGCUCGCUCGUGCCUGUCAUUCCUGGAUCGCUGCGAGGCGUUCUGUGGCAACGGGGACUGCGUACCAAUGGUCCUCACCUCAUCUCGUGUGGCUUCCGUGGUGCAUGUUGUCACUUUGCCACCCCGGAUCUCCGUCUUUGCUCCCUACCUUGCUGUCAGUAAGAGAUAAAAUGUCUGUGUAGUGUCAAUGCCGUGUUGCUGUCCCUGUGCUUUUGUGCCAUUUAACUGACUGCCUCUGAGAAGCAGCGCUGGGUCUGUUGAAAUGCAACGCGCCACCCUGAGGUCCAGUUUCAAGAACCGCAGGCUAAACAAAGUGUGGGGAAGGGACGUGGAAUGAGACCUUGGUGGCUCCCCAUUGUACUGUGUGUGUAAGCUAUUCUGAAUAUGAUAAGCUAAAUGUAAGUAAACGUUUCCCUGCUCCUUAACAGUCGCGUUGUAUUCCCCGUCGCGGGAGUUCCGAUGGGGCACCUCAUCAUCAAUACCAAAUAAAUGUACGUGUGAAAGAAAGUAA